AUGUCGUCGGCAUUCCAGUCCGAGCCCGCCAGACCCAUCGCCCCAUUCGCUUCAAGUCUACCCUCAGCCAUGGACCGCUCAAGACUCACCCCAAACUAUGCGACUGCCUCCUCCUCCUCUACGGCAACCUCGUCCGGCUUCUCAGGUCGACGCAAGUCAACCUCCUCAGCACCAAACGCAACCACAACAACCACUGCUCCGCCCCCAUUACCAACUCCAACCCCAACAGCAACAGCAUCAGGACGAUACCAGGCAGACACGUCGUCCGUCUUUUCACAGACUAUCUCAGGACUUACCAAUACAGGAAGGACAUUCUCCACCAUGGUUUCCUCUGGACUGCAGCAACCCCGUCAUCAUAUCAUGGAGCUGCUGCAUGCAUUCGACGUCUCUGAUUUUGCAUCCUCAGCACGCAACACCUUAUCCACCACCAGCAGCAUUGUGUUCUCACCCCUGACCGUCCAGGCAGUCAAAGGUGACCUCACAGGAAUAGCCUCACUCACAGGACUCUCUGGUAUGGCUCCACAUCUCAUGGCAACGCAGUAUAUCCGGAGAGCAACAGCCAAUGCCCAAGCACUCGCCCUGACCGGUUCACGACAGGCCAUCCCCAUGCAGGCAGACGAGCUGUUGGUAGAGGACAUUCCAGAACCAGCCGCGCGGGUAUCGUUAUUCCAGGGUUUUAAGGCGUCCUACCCACAUUCUAAGAACGGCAAACGCAGCAAAGGCCACCAUCGGCGGAGGAAAAAUGGAUUCGGUGAAGUGGGUGAGAACGAUCCCAACCUGGUGUUUUCUUCGCUGCUGAGUGAACGAGAGCGAACCAUCAAGGAGCAGGUCAAGCUGCAGUCGCAAAAGGCAAGGAUUGCACCACCUGCGUUGAUUUUUUCAUUCGGUACGGUAAUCCAAUCAGAACUUGGUCAAGUUGCGGCAUCUAUCGAGACCCUGGUAGCCCGCCAGAAGAACCUUCAAUACAAGCUGAGCAAAUUGUCCGAGCGGGAAGAUGACCUUGCAGAUACUUUGGAAGAGUUGAACGACAAGCUGGCAGCUGUCUCUGAGGGCGCCAAGGCAAAUGAUGGAGAACCACUGCAACUGGGAUACCGCGAAGAGACACUGGACUCUGGAACCUGCAUGCACACUUUUUACGGACACGAUGGAGUCAUCACGACGUUGGACCUGAACGGACCCUAUGGAACACUUGUCACUGCCUCCAAGGAUAACACGACACGCGUCUGGGAUUUAUCGACCUUCAAAUGUCUCGGCCAAUUGCCUGGCCACGAGGACUAUGUUGAAUGUAUGCAGCUGUCUCAGAACACGCUGGUGACAGGAUCAAGGGACAGCACCAUCAGAACCUGGAAUCUUGCCGACCUUACACAUGUCCAAGCUACUCGCGACCGAUCUCCUACUCUCUCGGACUCUUCUAGCGGCUCUUCAGACAAGGAUUCCUUCUCAAGAGACUCUAUGGACACCCUUGCCGUACUGGACAACUGCUGGACAAAUACUCUGAGCGGACACUCUGGACCUGUUACCUGUCUUUAUUUCGAGAAUCAAAAGCUGCUUUCUGGAUCAAAUGACAAGACGAUCAAGGAAUGGGAUUUGAGCACUGGCCAAUGUGUGCUGACGAUGGACUUGUUGUGGGCGAUGAGCACAUCGAACUCUUGGUCAGACUGGAUGGAUCUGGACUUGCGAGACAACGACUACAUCAGUAGCUUGCAGUUUUGGCAGUAUGCUCUCUGCAGUGGCACCAUUGACGGCGCCAUCCGCAUGUGGGACCUUCGAUCAGGUCAGGCACAUCGUACGCUUGUUGGACAUACUGGACCAUUGACCUCAUUACAGUUUGAUGACUACCAUGUAGUCAGUGGCAGUAUGGACAAAAGUGUCAGGAUUUGGGAUCUGCGAACGGGAGGUAUUCAGGAGAUCCUUCAGUAUGAAGACCCAGUCAAGAGUUUGCGGUUUGACACCUCCAAGAUUGUAGUUGGUUCUGGCGAUAGCCUUAAGAUUUAUGACCGAGUGGCCCAGCAGCACAGUUAUUACACCGGCCAUACGAAUGGCGUUGAGAGUGUGCGGAUCAGUGAGUCGGUGCUUGCCUCUGGAGGCCAGGACUCGACUGUCCGUCUCUGGAGUCGAUGA